GUAACAAGAAAACAUUUAAUUAUAUUUGUAUAAUAACAUCGGGCAAGCGCAAUAAAUGAUAAUACCAAUACUGACAAAAUGGACAAUACUCUACCAGACGACGCCUGGAAAGACUCAUUCGAUAAACUAUUGGAUCAAAGGCCGCAGCUACGCGACCUGAACGUAAUUAAGAGGGAUGUGCGAGCAUCGUUUAAUAUUGAUUCCAGUGUCGAGAAUACCGAUCCAAAUAUGUUAAGCGCCAUCGAAUGCUCCAUGCCAAACCCAAAUUUGUUGGCUGUUCCCCAAGAUUUAAAUCCAACUAAAAAGAAAAGAAGCGAUGUGAUUUCGACACCUUGCACCAAACUUCUCCACUCCAAUUUGUUCCAUUGUGCAUUAUCCCCCAUUACUGGCAUGAAAAUCGAUGGACUAAAACCAAUUGACGACAAUCACAAACUGGAUGACAUUGAAAAAGAGCAACCGCGAAGACCAAAACACGUCUGCUUCGAAGUGAACUCAUUCAGCCUGGAAAAUACCAAUGAUACGGAUAUCGCUUUGGACGGCUUCAGGAUAUUGCCCAAGGAAGUGAGAUCUUCGCUCGUCCUACAACCGGGCAAAUGGAGAAAACCCUUAAUCACCUGGCGCCGCACCCACAAUAAUGACGCGCCUCGCAGCUUGAGUCCAAAGAAACAAUUGACAACGCGAGCUGGAACAGCAGAAGGCUUAAUCCUUAAUCAUGUGACUCAAAGAAAAUCGGUGCAUAUAAAGAAUAGCUUGGAACCGAAAUUACCAUUAAGUCACGAGCAAGAAGUGCUCAAGUAUUGUGCUCAGUCCAGACCAUAUAAAUUUAGCUCAGCCUAUGGAUUAUCUAAAAUGAUCGACACUUGCAAGAUCGGCGAAGGCGUCUACGGUGAGGUAUUUAAAUAUACGCCAAAGAAAUGUACUAAAAACACUGUGGUUCUCAAAGUGCUCCCAAUUGAGGGUGCUGCUUUGGUCAAUGGUGAAGCGCAAAAGACAUUUGAGCAAAUAUUGCCGGAAAUUAUAAUUUCUAAAGAGAUGAGCAAUCUGCGCUUGAAUCCAACUAAUUCAACAACCGGAUUUGUCGACAUUUACAAUGCAUGCUUAGUGAAGGGAAAGUAUCCGAAACAUUUAAUAAAACUGUGGGAGGACUAUGACGAUGAAAAGGAGUCGGAGAACGAUCAUCCGGACAUGUUUAACGAUAACCAGCUAUUUAUUGUAUUGGAGUUAAAAUUCGCUGGCGAAGAUAUGUCGUCAUUUUUAUUUUUAAAUGCUGAGCAGUCCUAUUAUGCACUACAACAGAUUAUAUUAACGCUGGCCGUUGGCGAGGAAGCAUUUCAAUUUGAGCAUCGUGAUUUGCAUUGGGGCAACAUACUUAUUGAGAAAACAGAUGAGAGGAAAAUUGCAUAUAAACUCUGUGGCAGGGAUUUAUUAGUGGCAACAAAAGGAAUUCGGACAACAAUCAUUGACUAUACGUUAUCAAGGAUAACGGUUGACGACUGUUGCCAUUAUAAUGAUCUCUCCACCGAUGAGGAGCUAUUUGCGGCCACUGGCGACUAUCAAUAUGACAUUUAUCGCCUGAUGCGCGAUGAACUCCAAAACAAUUGGUCGGCGUAUUCGCCAAGGACGAAUGUGCUUUGGUUGUCGUAUGUCUGCUCCAAGUUAAUAGAUGGCGUUAAGUACAAAAGCACAAAUUCCAAGGCGCAUAAAAUGCAUAUGGAGAAGCUUAAAGCUUUCGAUAAAAUCGUCCUGACCCUUAACAGUGCUGUUAAUUGCGCCGAUUAUCUACAUUAAGUUAGUUAACUUAUAUAUAUAUUUUCCUUUAUUUGCACA